GGGAUCAGAUGUCAGUCCAGUUUCUUUCGUCUCACAAGUUGGGAGACGAAUAGUGGUGCAAAAAUUUCACAGUUCAUCGUGUUUUUCGUUUCUUUUUUUUUACAGACAGUGUUUUAUGAGAAUUUCUCUUCUUUCUAUCUGUGCUGAAAACAGGAUUAGCACUAUGAGAUCGACAAUACUAUUAGGCGCUUUUACUUUAUGGUUGUUUGUGGCCGCGGAAAGAGUACAAGAAAAGGAAAAGGAAUGGUGGGAAACGACUACAAUUUAUCAAAUCUAUCCAAGAUCGUUUAUGGACUCGAACGGGGAUGGGAUUGGCGAUCUCAAUGGAAUUUACGAGAAGCUGGAUUACAUCAAAGGCAUUGGCAUUGAGACUGUAUGGAUACAACCAUUUUAUAAAUCCCCGAUGGCUGACUUUGGCUACGAUGUCUCUGACUUCAGGGAAAUUGAGCCUAUGUUUGGAACAAUGCACGAUUUUAAAAAAUUAAUUGCCGGCAUUCACGAAAGAGGUAUGAAACUAGUCAUGGAUCUGGUGCCAAAUCACGUGAGUGAUGACAGUGAGUGGUUCAAAAAGUCGGUCAACAGAGAAGAUCCCUACACAGAUUUCUUCCUAUGGAAGGAUUCGAAGGGUUUCAACGAUGUGACAAAGAGACGGAUGCCACCGAACAAUUGGCUGAGUAUAUUCGGAGGCUCCGCUUGGGAAUGGAACGACAAGAGGAAGCAAUUCUACUACAAGCAGUUUUCCAAGCGUCAGCCGGAUCUGAAUUUCAGGAACCCCGAGGUCCAAAAGGCGAUGAAGGACGUGAUGCGAUUCUGGUUGGAUCUCGGAGUCGACGGUUUUCGAAUUGACGCUAUCAAACAUUUGGUAGAACGCGCAGAUUUCAAGGAUGAGCCCUACCUUCUCCCCGAAUUAGAAGGCUCUCCCAGCUACGAUUCUCAAGAUCAUAUUUACACUGUUGACCAAGAAGAGACUUACGAGAUCAUGCACGACUGGCGAUUGCUGGUUGAUGAAUACAAAGCCCAGGACGGAAAAACAAGAAUCUUAUGCACUGAGGCAUAUACUUCCUUAGACAUGCUUUUGAAAUACUUCGGCAACUCGACUUACAAGAGCGCUCACUUUCCGUUCUACUUUGGAUUCGUAGAGUUCAAUUACCAACAAAACGCGGCAGAUCUGAACGAGAAGAUCCAUCAAUUCAUGGAUGAAAUGCCAAAGCAUGGAGUCGCCAACUGGGUGGUGAGCAAUCACGACAAUCCACGUUUGGCGAGUCGGACAGCCCCUGAAUUCGCGGACGCGAUGAACAUCCUACAACUGCUCCUUCCUGGAGUGGCCAGCGUCUACUACGGUGACGAGAUCGGCAUGAGUAAUGCCCUCGUCCGCAAGGAUCAAACCAAGGACCCCAACAACGGCGGCGGUGGCAGAACCGACACCCGAGACGCAGAGAGAUCGCCUAUGCAAUGGGACAACACUAUGAAUGCCGGUUUCACGAGACAUAAGGUCCCCUGGUUGCCAAUUAAUGCCGACUAUUGGUACAACAACGUCAGAACCCAAGAGCACACUCCUCGAAGCCAUUUGAAUGUUUUCAAACAAGUAAUGAAAUUAAGAAACACUAAGGUCAUUAAGAAUGGUGACAUUGAUACUUGCAUUCUCAACGAUUGGAUGUAUCUUUACGUCAGAAAACUUGAGGGUGAACCAACCGUUGCAGUGAUUGUCAACCUGGGGUCUGAAUCUGAACAAGCGUGCGCUCAAGAUUGCUUGAAAUAUUUACCCGAUGUCAUGGAUGUUUACACUAGCAGUGUUAACUCAGCAUACCUACCUGGGGAUAAAUUUGCUACUACCUACACAGCCAAAAGUUUCUGCUCGGUUCUAAGACCUAAAGCAGCAGUUGUUUUGACCAGCGACCCCAUUGACACGCACAGUAGCGCAACGUCUAUCGUUUCUUACUCAUUUACUGUGAUUAUUUCUCUCAUAAUCGCACUGUUCACGAACAGAGUCUGAGCUUUAUAACGUACCGAAGAAUGAGUGCCAACUGCCUUCCUAAUUUAUAAGUUUUGUGUAAAUAGUAAUUUAUUUAUUUUUGAUUGUAAAUAGAAUUUAUUUGUAUAAAUUAGUGAUCUUCUUG